ACUGGAAGAGAAGAAAUUCACGCACUGUAGAAGUCUCCCUGGUAGUUCUCAGUAUAUACAAAAUCGCAUCGCAACUGAUUUACCUUAAAGCAGGGCGAGAAUGGCGACGCUGGGACUGGACACCCGUCCCCAUCCCCAGCUCCAUUCUGGAUCUGUUCAAAGUAACGCCAGCAGUUUGGGCUCCCACAAUAACAUGCCUCUAAAUAGGGGUCUUGAACGGGCAUUGGAAGAAGCGGCGAACUCCGGGUUUUUGAACCUCAGCGCCAGAAAAUUAAAGGAAUUUCCAAGGACAGCCUUGACCCAUGAUUUGACGGAUACGGUGGAAGCAGACUUGUCCAAGAACCGUUUGACGGACAUUCCCUCUGAAGUGUGCCAGUUCGUCUCCUUGGAAACCCUGAACCUCUAUCAUAAUUGUAUUAAAUCCAUUCCUGACACCAUCAUCAGCCUACAGACUCUCACUUCCUUAAACAUAAGCCGAAACCAGCUCUCCACUCUGCCUGCGUGUCUGUGUGGCCUGCCCCUCCGCGUCCUCAACGCCAGCAACAACAAGCUGGCCUGUCUUCCCGAGGCCAUCGGCCAGCUCAGGAACCUGAUGGAGCUGGAUAUCAGCUGUAAUGAGAUCACUGCUCUCCCACGUCACAUUGGGAGACUGAAGGCCCUGAGGGAGCUCAACGUUAGGAGGAACUUCCUCUGCGUACUCCCAGAAGAUCUGGCAGAGCUACCCCUCGUGCGGUUGGACGUCUCCUGUAAUAAGGUGACGACUGUCCCUACGUGCUUCAGAAAGAUGGCAUACCUGCAGUCCCUGCAGCUGGAGAACAACCCCCUGCAGAGUCCACCGGCACAGAUCUGCAUUAAGGGGAGGGUGCAUAUAUUUAAGUAUCUGACCAUGGAGGAGUGUCGCAGCGACAAGAUGGCGGAUUCCCUCUACCUUCCGGUGAUGGACAGACUCAGCCUCUCACAUCCAGCUGCUGGCAGCACAGAGGACAUCGACCAGAAUAAGAAACAGGAAACUGACUCCGGGGUUGGCAGCGACAAUGGCGAUAAGAGGCUAUCAGCCACUGAGCCCUCAGACGAGGACAGCCUGAGUCUUAAUGUGCCUAUGUCCCACAUCACAGAGGAGGAGGGCCUAAGCAAGGACGACUCCAGCGACCACAUCAGCGCUCUGAUAGCAGAUUCCCCAGAAGACUCUCUGAGAGUAAGAGAAAACGAUAACACGCAAGCGCUGAAAGACCACUUUGGGUCCAGCGAUUCAGGGCUGAGUACACAGUUCGUCAGCUACAUCAAGGGUCGAGCGGCAGACUUUGACGAGCCGCUUAGGAUAGAGGAAGACACCAGCUGGGCCUCUGAGCAGCCAUCAAAAGGCACAGAGGGUACGGAGAUCCACAUUGACAUGAUCAACCAGCUGAAAGAGGCAGUGGAACUGUUACAAGACCCUGACAAAGCAAAUAUGGACCCAUCAGAUCUUUCUGGAGUACAGCUCUACCCAGUGGAGAUGGUCAUGGUGGAUGAGUCACUCAAGGUGUGUCUCUCUCUCCCCAGUGGCCAGGAUUGUGAUUACGAAGAAGUCACACCUAAGAGUGAAAGCUCUGAUGGAGGCCUUGAGUUCCAGAAGAAACGGGAGUUGAUUCUAGAGAAAGCCAGGCUUGAGGCCCAGCUUGCAUGCCAGCAGUUUGAGAGAGAGGUGUCACCUCAGAAGGAGCUGAGCUGCCAGGGAGUGCAGAGUGACGCAGAGAGGAGCCGUAUGGAGGGGGGAGAAGACAAAAGCUCAACCAUGUCUCCCACGUUUAACUCGCCACCCUUUGGCCUGAAGCCAAGAUCAGCCCCAACUUCGCUGGCUUGCUCGCCCCCGCCCUGUCUACGCCCCCUCACACAGGCCCCACCCGCUGAUAGAGACACCCUCAGUAGCCCAGAUGAAGGAGACAUGCAGAGCAGUGUCUUUCUGAGGACCUCCAAGAGCCUGGAAUCAAUGGACCCCCAGUUCACCAUUCGCCGCAAGAUGGAGCAGUUGAGGGAGGAGCUGGAGCUGAUGGAACAGCUGAGAGAGAGCAUUGAGAGCAGACUGAAAGUAUCGCUGCCUGAGGACCUGGGCGCCUCCCUCAUGGACGGGGUGGUGCUGUGCCACCUGGUCAACCACAUCCGCCCCCGCUCCGUCGCCAGCAUCCACGUGCCCUCGCCAGCUGUGCCCAAACUGAGUAUGGCCAAGUGCCGAAGGAAUGUUGAGAACUUCCUAGAUGCCUGCAGGAAGAUGGGUGUCCCGGAGGAGAAGUUGUGUCUGCCCCAUCACAUACUUGAAGAGAAAGGCCUGGUAAAAGUGAGCAUCACUGUCCAAGCACUAGUGGAUGAGACCUGCACCAAACAGGCCCUGUUCACGUGAGACUAGGGAGCCCUGGAAGGAGCAGGCAGAGAGGUGCUGCCGAGGGGGAAAGACAGACAGACAGACAGACUCCAGAGAAGAGACACUUGUAAAGA